CAAAAUCGCAAUGAGCUUGGUCGCCUCUAACGGAGCUGUCUGGGAGUAUAUGAUGCUAAGAAGAAGACCCCUUCCUUUACCUGGAACUACAGUGCCGGUGGUGCAUAAUUCUGCGGAUGAAGAAGAGCCACGAGACUCUGCUUCUACGCUCAAAAUUCACGGCAAACGUCAACAGACGCCUUUCGCUUUACGCUUUCCCACAUAUACCUCCAAACUAUCCGUGUGCGUUACCGUGAGCGUAGCGGGCUUACUUUACCUCGCUUUCCUGUGGUGUGAAACGGCUCAGCUUUUGAAAGCUGUGACGCUUUUACCCGCUGUGGUUUGUGCCGUUUUAGCAAUCGUCUGCCCCGGUUCCCAACGCAUUCUUCCAUCGACAAUCGUCGCCACCACCCUCGGCGCUCAGUUGCCUCAGUACAUUGCUGCUGCUUUGGCCAGUGCUGCGCUUCUAUGGUUUGGAAUCACAACGGCACGUGACGCCAUCCAAAUAAAGAGAUUUAAACGAACCGUGGCGCCUCCUCCAACGCAGGUUGUGAUCAGUGUGCUUGUCCUCGCCGGGGUCAUGCUUACCGAAAACUUUAUGAUCUGGGUCGUUUCAGCUACCUUUUUUCCCGGGCAGAAUCCGAAAACUGAACCUCCACCACUUCAAGACAACGGGCAACGUCUCUUCCAAUCUUUAAUGCAGGGGUUCACAAAACAUCAGGUGGUACAGUUGCGCCGGGUAUGGAAUGUUCAGUGGGGUUUGGUUUCGGCCCUCGGUGCUUCCUUUCUCGUCCUCGACCGCUACCAUCCUACCAGACAACUUUACGCGGUGGGCACUCGAGCGAUCUACACUCUGUCUGCCUCGCGCUUCGUUCGGACCGUUUCUUUUUUGCUGACAGUCGUUCCGUCUCAAGUUUCGGGUUGUUUUGCCCAACGCUUUCCGAGUCCUCCACCGACCGAUGUUUGGGAAUGGAUUGCGGUAGGAUUUUUGCCAGCCGCACACGGAGGAUGUAACGAUUUAAUCAUUUCUGGACACGCAACCGUUACCAGUACACUCGCCUGUGUGGCGGUGUCUGCGCACCCGAGCAAAGUUUUUGGAGGCUGCCUCGUCUGUUUGUUGCUAUUGGACUACUCCGUCGAAAUUUACGAAGGAUUUCAUUAUUCAGUGGAUAUGUGGCUGGGCCUAGUAAUCGUGAGCUUAUUUUGGAAGGUUUUCUCUUUUUGGGAAGACUUGCCGGAAACGAAGCCAGCGAAUGCACCGACUUCCGAUGCAACGGGUUUCCCCCAGCCCGAAGCAUCUUUGUCGAAUCGUGAUCUUGCCGUAUAUUUCGCUUCAUCCACAGUGUCCUAUCUCCAAGUGGUAGUCUUUCCACGUUCCAUCGUAAAUGGAUGGAUUGUAGUGUUUGUUCUAUCAGUGGCGGUUUGCUUUGUAUUCAUGUUGCGAGCGAAGACGUCCGCAGAAGCAUCUACCUUUCAGUACUAUGCGCAGCACAUACUACUGUGCACGCUGCAUAUGGCUUUCGGCGUGUACCUUUAA